AUGAGCUGCUCAGUAUGUCUCGUCGAACCAGCCCGAUAUACUUGUCCUAAGUGUCAGAAAAAAACCUGCUCUUUAGCAUGUGUCAAGAUGCACAAAGUCCAAGACAAUUGUUCUGGAACGGCCAGUGCAACCGCGAGUUAUUUGGCUCGUGAAGAGCUAAAAGCUGCAGAUACUCCCGAUGGAAGUAACCUGCUGGUUCAAAGAGACUACAACUUUCUUUUGGGCAUGAACAGGCAGUUGGAACUAAUGAAACGAGAUGGAAAACAGAAAAACAAACGGACCCUGGCACCCACGCAUAGCUAUAACAAUCAGACACAUAACAGGAAACAGCAGCGAUCAGAUUCACAGCCUCAUGUGAUAAGACGAGGUGUUAGAUGCGCUUUACUUCCAAAGGGAAUGCAAAGAGCGGUUCAAAAUAAGAGCAGAUGGGACAAAAAUCUCGAUCUAUUUGUAUGGUCAAUUGAAUGGUGCAUUUUAUCGCCGGAAGGAACUAUCGAAUUAUACCACACAAGCCAUAGAAAUAAGGAAACUGAUUCUUUGGCGGAAUGUGUGGGCAAAAUUGUUCAGGGAAAAUGUAACGAACUUUUUGACUCAUCACCAUCACCAGAGGGACGGGAUCUCAGCGUAGAUCAAGCACCUCAAAAUUGCAUUACGACUAGAGAUAAUAGCGAUGCUAUUCCUGUACAAGAGUCCCAAGAUAUUGGCACCCAGACUGACCUGAGCAUAACGAACACACCGACUGGGCCACAGCAGCAGGAAACAAUCAAACAAGUAAAACUGGAUUGGAUUUUAUCGCUUCACCUGCAAUUCUACAUCAAAUGGUAUUCAAGAGACUUUGAAAUCUUCGGAGAUUCAAAAAAACUUAUCCAACUUGACCCCACGAUAAGCAUAGGCGAAUUAUUCAGAGAUAAAGUUGUCGUAGAAUACCCAACGAUUUACAUUUCCCAAGAAGGAAGUCCCUUGUGCAAUGGGUUUUCAUUGAUAGAUCAGAAACACCGCAUGAAACCUCAGGCUACGUCUUCUGGUGAAUCUUCUCCAACAAGUUCAGAAGAUAACUCAUGUAAUAGUAGCUCGUCUAGCGACUCCGAUGAGGAGCCACAGGAAGUUUCGAGUAAAACUGUUUCUGUGCCUAGAAACGAUUCCUCACUACCUUCUACUAAUAACGCUCCGGUUGAACCCAACCAAGCUAGUGGCAAUGAAGUCAAUAGCGACGACGAUGAUGACGAAGACGAUUACACGCCCGGCAUUUCUCUGGACUUUCUCGCUGAUUAG